GCUAUUCCCAUAGGCGGAGUUGAUGUAUAUUAAAGCUAAGCAAGCUUUAACUUACGGUUUAGUGAUAGAAAUGCAGAUUGUGACGGCUGUGGUUGCUUCUCUCUUUUGCGUUGUUGGGAUGAUUACCAACAACGACUUCAAGGCAAUUCCAAGAGAAAGUAAAGAGUACGAGCUCGGGGAGGUCAAGUAUUACCUAGUGCUGGAAGCUAUUGCUAUUAUGUGGCAGAUUUACUUCGUCGGAACAGCAGGAGUUAUCUUCUGUUCAACUUCUUUGCUUGCUGGUAUUAUCACUGCCGUAAUUCUACCGGUUACGGAGAUCCUAUCUGUCGUGUUCUACCAUGAGAGUUUCAAAUCGGAAAAGGGUAUUGCCUUAUUCCUCUCAUUUUGGGGUCUCAUCUCUUACUUGUAUGGUGACUAUAGAGAAAACAUGAAAUUGAAGAAGGCGCAGAAGCAAAGUUUGGCAUUAGAGCGAGACGAAAACCUCCCUCCUCUAACCAACUUGCAGUAAUUUAAUAUAUGAUCAUUUGCUUUCGUGCAAAAUUUUUGAUACGAGUAUUAAAAAAUUGUGCAAUGAGAUCGUGUAAUUGAUUUCGCAUUGACUUGGUUGACUAUCCGAUUCAAUGUUGAAAAUACAUAUAAGCCAAACAUGUUGCUACCCAUAUUCUUUGACCACCAUAUGUAAGAUAUAUAUUCCUAUCAGUGAUGGAUCUCCAAGUUAUCAUAUUGA